CUGAAAGUGUCCGACGGCUUCAGUAACUGUGUAGUGGCUCCGUGGGUCGUCCCCACCUACCAGGGCGGUGCUUUUCUAAGUCGCUGCUACAGGGAUACCAAGAUGGAAAUCCAGGGGCUUUCUGAUGCCCAAAACAUCCAUUCUCAACAUGGCGCCCUACACAGAAGCAUUUCGGCCCCACUUCGAUCAGCGACAGGGUCGAUCCCUCGUUUUAUUUGUAGUGAAAAUGAAGCGGGCGGACAACUGGAGGCGCCUGAAUUACAAAGUGACGACAACAACAACACCACCAGGCGGAGGACGUCGCCUUUUCGCCUGCUGGCGGAAAAUGGCAGCGAAGCCAUUUCGCCUGUCGUUAAACCACAAGCUGCCGAUAAAAGUGGCACCAGGCAGACGGUCGGAGUUCAUAACGUGAACACCGAGAAAGAACAAGAGGUCAGCGCUUUGCUCGGCUCGUUCUGGAGGUGCGGGGCCGACAGUGGGGGCAGUGUAAUGCAAAUGGCGCUGCCUCUGUUCGAAGGGGAAGAGGAACCGACACAGCAGCGGCUGCCGACGUUACCGCUUCCAGCUUUACGGCAGCAGCGUGAGGACGGCGCCUCCCGGCAGCCCUCGCUGGCCGGACACUGCUCCGCUGCGACCGGGAGCUUCGACGCGCCGAGCGGAGCCCCCGACACCACCCAGGAGGCGUGUGCUGUUUUUGACGGCGCCCGAGAGAAUGGGAACGGCGAGGCAGCACACGCUGCGACAGGUGGAUCACCCGAGAGCUGCGAUCCAAUGAAAGGGACCGGGACAGACGCCCGCGGCUCCAUGGAGGCUGGCAACUGCAGCAGUGUGAUUCUCUGCGAACCCCACGACAGCUUGAACUGCCUCGAUGCUCCGUUGCUAAAAAGAGCUGAGCACGAGUUUAGUUUACUUAACCAUAGUUUAGCUGUGGUGAAUUUCACGCAGGCGAGCGGUCACCACACAGUCGAAGACGUUGUUUUGACAAACAAAUAUGGCGAAAAGAUCUGUGGGCAGAUCUGUACUGAAAACGACGAGGCCACGCUGGUCGGGGAGUUUUCUUCGCCGUCCGAUGAGAGCGGUGUCCUGAUUUCAGAGACCUCUGGUGUAGUUGAAGCCAUGGACGCCUCCGGCUUUAUUUCUGAAGCGUCGGGUCUGCAGGACAUUGCAAACCGAGUCACGGCCUCCACCAGUCCGCCUUCCAGUGAAACCUUUUCCGGAACCAUCACGAUCAACAAUCAGAGCAUCAUAGUGACCAUAGAAAACGGAAUACUGACCCUCGCCGCCCCCCCAGAGGGGCAUGUACACAAAGAGGACGACAUGGUGAGCCUGAAGGAACAUCUGGGCAUGAAGGACCAUGAAGAUAUUGUUCUUCUCAACUAUGACAGUGGCACUAAGUCCAUUGGCAAGAUCAGCACGCUAGCUGUGUCCAGCGGCAACCAGCAGGCAGAGCCCAGACCCGCUUUGUCUGUGAGCGACACAGAGCUGGGUCUGGUGGAUGAUUGCUCCUUGUCAGAACUAGGCACCACAUUGGACUCCUGUCCUAUCGUCAAGCAGGAGGUCGAGGAGCUGUGUGCCGUAACGGAGGCCAGUUUGGACGACGCCUGCCCCAAGGACAGCGCUGCAGACGGUGCCAGUGAGGAGCUGCCGCUGGUACCACCCGUCCGGUCUAAGAGAGAACCCGUGGCCUCUUUUGAUUGCCCAGAACUUGGCUGUUGUGGUUCAUUCGACUCGCGUCAGAAGCUAAAGGUUCACCUCCUGAACCACGCAGAGGACCCACGGCCCUACCAGUGCACCGUGGAGGGCUGUGGCUGGGCUUUUGUCACCUCCUACAAGCUGAAGCGACAUCUUCAGUCUCACGACAAGCAGCGGCCGCACGCCUGCCACUUUGAGGGCUGCGGGCGGUGCUUCACCACAGUCUACAACCUCAAGGCUCACAUUAAAGUCCACGAGCAGGACAACUCCUUCAUCUGCGAAAUCUGCAGCGAGAGGUUCCGCAGUGCGACGCGACUGGCCAAUCACCAGAGAGUCCACUUUGAGCCACAGCGACCCCAUAAGUGUGAAUUUCCAGGCUGCGAGAAAACCUUCAUCACCUUCAGCGCCCUCUUCUCCCACAAUCGUACGCACUUCAGAGAAACGGGCCAUUUCACCUGCACUUACCCCGGCUGCGAUAAGACUUACGACAAGGCCUGUCGUCUCAAGAUCCAUAUGAGGAGCCACACUGGCGAGAGGCCGUUUGUGUGUGACUCGGAGGGCUGUGGCUGGUCGUUCACCAGCAUGUCCAAGCUGCUCCGACACAAACGGAAGCACGAUGAUGACCGUCGUUUCGUAUGUACAGAGGAGGGUUGUGGGAAGUCCUUCACCCGGGCAGAGCACCUCAAAGGUCACAGUAUCACCCAUCUGGGCACCAAGCCCUUCCAGUGCCAUGCGGAAGGCUGUAAUGCCAAGUUCUCAGCACGCAGCAGCCUCUACAUUCACUCCAAAAAGCAUAAGCAGGACGCCAGCACCCUGAGGACCCGCUGUCCUGUGGCCAACUGUUCUAAGCACUUCUCCUCCCGCAGCAGCCUUAAGAGCCACAUGAUCAAACACCAUAAACUCAGUCCAGACGUUUUGAGCCAGAUGGAGACCACAGCCACACUGACCCCAAGCAGCGAGCUCAUCAGCUCCACCCCAACUAUAGUUGCUGGGCCUGGCACCACCUCGGGAGACCAGCUUACCAGCUUGGACCUUACUUCGCUUUUCUCUGCUGUUCCUGGAGGGGCUGCAGCCUCCGCAGGGAUCGGAGUGGGACUUCCUGUCGGAGGUAGCAGCUCUAAUGGUACUUUCACCGUAGAUCUCUCUCUGGUCAGCUCAGGCAUCCUUACCAUCGACCCCUCUUCAGUUGGCCCCACGCUCUGUAACGGCAGUAACACCACGUUGACCAAGGCAAUGGACCCUCUUAUUAUAGCAGCGAGGGCAGACAUGGGACCCCAUCAUAGUCUGGAGGGAACAGCAGGUGAUGUUCUACACCCUCAAGGAACCCUUAACCUGGAUGAUGUUCAGACGGUUACCCCAGAGGCCCUGGGAACUCUUACUGCCCUCACCUUGCAGGGGGCUGGAGCUACUGUGGACUCAACGCUACAGCACCCACUCAGCGCCUCUAGUGGCUUGAGCAUGGAGCCCACAGCCACUCUGACUGUUACUCCUGUGGCUGAGCUGCUAGCCUCACCCUCUAAGGUGGUGGAGGUGGGGGGACAGGCGGGAGCGGGACCUUUACUGGGCUGCGUGGAGGUGCUAGGACCACAGGAAGGGGGCAAGGUCAUGACCCAUUUUGUUUUUCCCAGUCCUAGCAGCAGCUUUAGCCCUCAGAAAGAGCCAGAACUCAGUGCUGUGUCUCCAACAAGCUUCCUGGAGAGUGGCGGUUCAGCUAGAACAGACUAUAGAGCCAUUCAGCUGGCCAAGAAAAGGAAACAAAGAGGCCCUUCUGGCGGUUCAGGAGUGGGACAAAGAAAAAGCAAGGGAGCAAAGGCAGCUUCCAGUCCUGCACCUCUAGCUUCAUCUGCUGCUCGCUUUGGUGAAGGAGCCACGGCCAGUGGGGGCUUGGCCCUGCGUGACCCUGUCACUCAGUAUAUCCAGAUUCAACUGCUGCAGGAUGACCCAGCCAGUGACGGUGACCUGGCCUUCCAGCUGAGCGCUCAGGCUUCCAGCUCCCACUCUCAGCUCACUGUUGAUCUGCCUGUCAACAUCUUACAGGAACCUUCAGUGAUGGCUGAGGAUGACAAUGGCUCGGACAACUCCCAGUUUACAGGAAGCACAAUCAACCUUCAGGACUUGGAGUGAUCACCAGAGGUGAUGGUCGACCUCUGUCAUUCCAACACUGUCUACAGUUUACAUUGACACGUGCCAUGUUCAACUCCUUCGAACAGCUGCCUACAUGUGGGUGCUUCUACAUAUACGGCAUCUUGAGAAGAGGAGAAAGCAUUGAAAGCAGCCUGUUUCUGUCUUCAAGCUGAGAAUAUUCUGGUAUCAGUUACCAGAGGCUCCCUGUCCCUCUUUCCACAGCGCUGUACCGUGGUGCUACGUUGCUGUAAAUGCACAUUCUGCACCGUCUACGUUCCAGUUGCCUUACAGACAACUCACAUUGUGCUCAUAUCUGCUUUUUUUUUCUAUGGCAACAGUCAGUUCAUGUUGAAAAAAUUUGCCUGUUGACAUGUUUCUGUAGUGUAUGUCAGGACUUAAUGCUGUCUACUUAUUAUUUAUUGUUCAGCUGUGGGUUUCCAGAAUGGCAGAGCCAUAACACAGGGAUGAAUUAAAGAAUCAAAGCACAAUCACAA